UGUGGCGGCCGGCCGAAUCACAUGCCGCGUGCAUUGCGUGCUGCUUCCUCGUCAGCCUUUUGCGGGCCGACGUCCAUGCGAUUGAUUCAACAGGAAUGCCAAAAUUUGGUGAAGAUUUGAAUAAUGUGACGGUGCCAGUUGGUCGAGAAGCUGUAUUCAUAUGCAACGUCGAAGGAUUAGCAACUUACAAGGUUGCUUGGCUGAGAGUGGACACCCAGACCAUAUUGACUAUUCACAGUCACGUGAUCACGAAGAACCAUCGGAUCGCAGUGACGCACAGCGAUCAUCGAAUAUGGCAUCUUCAUAUCCGGGAAGUUAGAGAAGCUGACAGGGGAUGGUACAUGUGCCAAAUCAACACGGACCCAAUGAAGAGUCAACAGGGCUACUUGCAAGUAGUUGUACCUCCAGAUAUAUUGGACUACCCGACCAGCACCGAUAUGGCGGUGAGGGAAGGAGGUAACGUUUCGAUGCAAUGUGCUGCGUCCGGAUUUCCCACUCCCAGUAUUACUUGGAGAAAGGAAGGUGGCCAUUCGAUAUCCUUAAGCCCCAACACAGAUGUGUCCGCAGUGAACGGGCCGUGGUUAAACGUAUCAAAAGUUAACCGUUUACACAUGGGCGCAUAUCUGUGCAUAGCGUCUAACGGAAUUCCACCGUCAGUCAGCAAACGCAUCAUGCUCAUCAUACAAUUCCCUCCCAUGAUAUGGAUACAAAAUCAGCUCGUCGGUGCACAAGAAGGUCAAUCGGUCACUUUGGAAUGUACGUCCGAAGCGUAUCCCAAAUCAAUCGAUUACUGGACAAAAGAUAAAACGACCAUCAUAUCAAACGGAACCAAAUACCACACAGAUCUGCAGGACAACGCAUACAAAACGCACAUGAAACUGACGAUAAUAUCGGUAACGUUGUCCGAUUACGGCACGUACCAGUGUGUUUCGAAAAACUCGUUGGGCGACACAGACGGCACUAUUAAGCUUUACGCCGUGCCUAAGCCGACGACGACAACAACGACCACCACUACGACCACUACGACCACUACGAGCACAACUACCACGACUACGGUGCCCACUUCGGUGACCGGUGGCUGGUGGACGACUGAGAUGCCUAAAAAAUCGUCGAAAUUCGGCGGAAAGGCACCCGCCAACGAAGUGGACCGGAGACCGUCGAAGAAGACCGGAAAAUACCAAGACGCCGAGGCCGCCAAUAGCAAGAAGGACGAUCCGACCGAAGAAGACCAACAGCAAAGUUCGCGAGCAGCCGCCGCCGCCGCCGCCGCCGCCGGCGACAACAAUGGGCGGCCGGCUUUGAGCAAAAAGCAUAAAAACGGAUCUACCAGCGUCCAUCCCUCGGUCGGUGUGACGGCCGCAGUUUGGAUAAUAAUAACACAAAGGAUUUUUCUGUUAUGAAUUCGUACAUUACACGACGUAUAGCUACCGCAACCGGGGCGAAAAGACACGAUGGAGCGGCAGUGUGCGACACCACUAUUCUGCAGCACGCCGUGAGAAUGAAAGAAAACCAGUGGUGAAAAAAAGGCCCUUUUUCGUUGUACAAAUGUAUUUUAAUAUGAGAUAUUAUGUGAUGCGUGUAUUACGUUUUUUUUUUUAAAUUAUUAUUAUUUUUAUUACUGGUGUAAUUUU